AAUUCUAGUCUUUAAUUAUUCAGUAAUUGUUAUGCUUUUAUUUACAGAAAUUAAUGCCUUCUCCUACCAUAGGUAUAAUAUAAAACUGUUACAAAUAUAGUCGCCGGUUUCUACCGGCGACUAAUAAUUUUUAGGUUUCAAGUGACUGAUAAUGUUCUCAAAUAUCCUUGUAUAAGAUAUUGUCUCGGUUUGGAAAUGCUUGAUCUCUUAUAGGUGAAAUUAGAUCUAAUUUAUAAAUGGCAAAAUAAGAGACAAAUAAAACAUUUUACUCUUGGUUCACAUCAGUUUAAUUUAUGAUUCUUGCCACACUUAAAGCGAUUGUAUAUACAUGCAUUGAGACAAGAUAUAAUCAUAUUGGCUACCAUUUCUUUAAACACUAUAAAAAUAGAAAACAACUACCAUUUCCGAGAGGUUUACGUAAUAUACAUACUGUUAACGUAUACUUAUUCUAUUAAUGGAAACUUAAGAGCGCAUUUACGCAUUACAAUUAUUGAUAUAUACUUGGUUUUUUUGUUGUUGUUGUUGUCGGUUUUCAUUCAUUUUUAUUUUGUGGGCAGAUAUGAGGACUUGCAAAAUGGGUUAGACGGAUUAUAUUAUGAUGGCUGUUGUGUUUUUAAUAAUCUUUUAUAAAAUUUGUUUUACGUAUCAGUUGUUGUAGAAACUAUAUUUGGCUCAUGUAUCAUUUUUUUAUCAUUUUUGUGGCAUAUAUUUAAGUUUUAUUUCAUUUCAAUUAAUGUAUCAUCAUCAAGAGAUACUUUGUCAAUAAAAUGUCAAUAAGGGAAAGAAAUAUAAUGAAAAAGAACGCUUUUUACCAGCUAAGAAUGCUGCUUUAUAUAAGUUAUAUUUACAUACUUUCGUGCCAUAGUCUUUUAUUAAUUCGCCACUAAUAAAUUUAUUUCACUUUUGUCAAAGCAUUGUAAAUAUUAUAUUUUAUCAGAAUUCCUGAACGGCAACAUUCACUUUGCAUGAUACAUUUAUACAACAAAUAUUUGAUAAAACAGAACACAAUCAGAUUGUUUUUAAAGUGUGUCAACGAAACGCUAUCUUGUUUUCGUUGACGGUAUAAUUUAGAUGUUACGGAAGCAAAAUUAUAAAUUGUUUGCAUACUUUUUUGACGUCAUAGAGAUAUUACAAUUAUUUAAUAAACUUUUUGAGAGUAGAUUAUACAUAAUCUUAUUCUAGCUCUGGAAACGUUCAGUGCAAAUAAUUAUAUAUUUUAUUUCUUAAUGUAAAUAUGUUUAAAAAUGAGCAUUUUAUUUCAUAUAUUACAGGAAAUGUAGUUGGAGAAUUACCACAGCCAGAUUUGCCAGGAUAUCCAGCGAGAAACGCGCGUGGGAACAGUUUUUUGCGUCCAGGUAUUGCUGUUCUAUGCAAAACAGAAGAUAUACCGGUAUAUAUUAGAUCUCGCUAUAGAAUAUAUGACAGAAUUGUUGUUCUUAAUAAACCAAAGGAUGAAGUCGUGCCAUCAGGCAACAGACUGACAGCUAGAACUUUUGCUGUUAGUUAUGGAAUGCGUCUAGUAAAGUGGAGUCAAUGGUCUGACUGAAGUCUAGUUAACACAGCGGCCGAUGGAAACUCAGCUUAGUCAUAUCAACACUGGUUUGGCAUAUCCAUAGGCGACAUAAGGCUCAAAGCAACUUUUUUUCUGUAAAGUAAGGAGCAUUGCGAUACAUGAUAAGAAAUUGUGCAAUAAAUUGUAUUAUGGGUGCUCAGUGAAGGAUUUGGCAACAAUUUUAUCAAACAUGAAAAUAGCCACUGAUAUUCGGAAUUUAUCGAUUUUAUUUAUAUGUAACCAGUAUUUUAUUUAUCAAUUCUUGCCAUUUUUGGAGGAUGAAAGAGUCUUGUUAGAUUUUGAGAUUUUUACCAGUAUUUUAUGUGCUAUGUUAAGUGCCAGUAAACUUUAAUAAAAACCAUACUUUCAUCUAUAACUUAACUUGGUUGAAUAAUUGGUUGGUGCUUAAUGACAGAAGGUGCAGUGGUCAUAGUGAACAAACAUAUCUUUACUUAAAUACAUUCCAGUUCUAAAUAAUAUCACAGCAUUCCAACCUUAAGAUUGAAAUGUUACAAACUUCUGUGAGAUGGUUCGGAGCUCAGCUAGUAAUUUGACAAAAGAACCCAAAAGAAUACCAAAAAUGUUCAUCAGUAAAUUAUUGCCUUAAAAUUAUCAAGGCUAUUGUUACAAUUGUUACAGUAUUUUGUAGUUAUAAGUCUCAUCUUAUUAUUUAAAUAUUUUGUUGAAAUGUUUGUUCCGAUGAUGACCAUUAUAUAAAAAGAAAACUUUGCCUGGACAGUUGAAACCAAGACCUGGUAGGCCGAACUGUCCGGCUUUGAUAUAUGUAUAAGGCACAUUAUGCCUCAGAAAAUCCAUAUUGUUUUAUUAUUAAGAACUGUCAAACAUGUGUUUUAAAUGUUAAAUAGCGGAUUUAGAGAAUGUUAGAUGUUUUAUAACUGAUGAGAAUAGAACUGAACAUUCAGGAAUGUGUUGUAAGAGAUGAAAAUUGUAAAUAAAGUAGUAUUUUCACUUCCAUAUAUAAUACUGAUUCACUGAGAUGCCAAUUACAAAGCAUUAGAAGCAAAAGGUAGUACAUGUACAUCUAUAUGGCAAUUGAGUAUUUUUGGAAGCUGUAACAAGAUAUAAAAAGCAAAAUGGUUUAUAUUUAAAUAAAAGAAUGAAUAAACUAUGUAUUGGAAACUGAGUUCCCUACAACAGGUCAAGCAAGUUGGUCUUUUCUAAAAAAAAAACACUGCCAGUACUUUUAAUGACACUGUAUAUUCAUAUUGUGACCGACUAUAUUAUGCAAAAUUUAAAACAUUUUAAACAGAACAUGCCUACUUUGUGUGAUGUCAAAACAAAUUUAUUUUACUAGUAUAUUUACAAAGAGACUGUGUAGCAAUAAUUAAUAUUUUUAAAUAUCAGAUUUGAGCAUAGUAUAUCUGUUGUACAUAUAUACCAAUGUCUUUCAAGUGUUAUAGAAAUAUUGCUGAAAUUAUUAUUCGCAUGAUUUAUAGUAAUUUCUAUAUAACUUAUACAUGCACAUUUUUUCAAAUAUUUUGUUGUUACAAUUUUUUUCUAGAAAGAUAAUUCGAUAUUUAAAUAGGGACAGUAAAAUUGCUCUUAAAAAGGCAAACAAAUAGCGUGGUGCUUCAACAUAAGUUUGAUAAUGUCUAAGAUUAUUUUGCGUUUUAAAAGUUGUUCAAAUUUAGGGCGUGAAGAUACAUUGAAAUUAAAUUGAUAUUGAAUAUUUUUCAUCAAAUAUUUUUUUUUAAGUUUUUUAUUUGUCCGAAUUAAUUGAAUAUGUGAUGAUACAAAACUAUUUUCGUCAAAGUAACAAACAAGUAGACAGUAUUUAAUGAAAUUAUCAUUUGUAUACAUUCUAAAUUGACCUUAGUCCCUUGAACAAUCAAUGAAAUCGUUUUUUGGGAUGUUUUUUUCUCUCAUUAUCUUUUUAUUUAUUAUCAAUCGUAUGCUGUUAAUAUUGUUUAACGACGUUUUGCUCAUGUAACAUGACAACGAUGUGUACCGUUGUUUUACCACAAUUCUGAUAUUUGCUUGUACAGUGUAUUACAAUAUAUUUAAAGUUCUACAGUUAUGAAAAAAUUGUACUUACUGCCACUUCUUUAGAAUGAAUAUAUGAUAUUGAUAACGUAGCUUUUCAGAUAUGUUUCCGUGUU